CUAGCUUACUUAGAGAGAGACAGCUGAGUGGAUCUAUCUUAAACAUCCCUUUGUAUUCUCACUCAGUCUCUCACCUCUCUAGAGAAAAGUAGUCUUCAUCCUCAAUAGAGGAGGGAGAGAGAGAGAGAGAGGGAGGAAAAAUAUCCCCGACGCAAAAUUUUCAUUUAGGUAACAUAUUCCUAUUCUUUCUCUUCCAUUCUUUACUUUGCUGCAAGCCUACAAGACUCUCUCUCUCUCUCCCCCUCCCUGGUCUUCCUGUUAAGUGAGAAUGCUACUUUAAAUCAAAAGAAAUAGAGAAAAUCUUAACAAUACUACCAAAUCUGCUGUACAUCUAUCUAUUUUACAUAAAGCAAAAGCAAAUAUGAAUUCAAACUGGCUUGCUUUCAACAUCUCUAAUACUCAGUCUUCUGUUCCUGCUAAUCUCCAUCCAUCUCCAACUCCUCAGUUUUCUAUAGGAUUGGUAAAUGAUACAGUGGAUAGCUCCUUCCAGAUACAAGAAUGGAACUUGAUGAAUUCUCACGGUGGCGAGGAAGUUCCAAAGGUGGCGGAUUUUCUCGGCAUCAGCAAACCAGAAAACGAGCUAAACCUUGCAACAUUUAACCAAAUUACAACAACCCAGCCUGACUACCUCUUAUCCAACAACACCCUACAGCAGGAGGAUAGCUUGGAAUCUCCUACCACUAACGAUAGUGAUUCUCGAGGAAUUUCUAACAAUUUACAGUCAUUGACACUUUCCAUGGGAACUGUUAAGGGCACUGAGAGUGUCAGCAGCUCGAGUAACCUUGAUGUCACACCAAGAAGAUCUAUGGAUACAUUCGGUCAGAGAACAUCCAUAUACCGAGGUGUAACAAGGCAUAGAUGGACAGGAAGGUAUGAAGCUCAUCUAUGGGAUAACAGUUGCAGAAGGGAAGGACAAUCAAGGAAGGGUCGCCAAGUGUACUUGGGUGGAUAUGACAAAGAGGAGAAAGCAGCAAGGGCAUAUGACUUGGCCGCUCUAAAGUACUGGGGAACAUCGACCACAACAAAUUUUCCUAUUAGUAACUAUGAGAAAGAAUUGGAGGAGAUGAAGCAUAUGACAAGACAGGAGUUUGUGGCAUCUCUUAGAAGAAAAAGUAGUGGCUUUUCCAGGGGCGCAUCUAUGUAUCGUGGGGUUACAAGGCAUCAUCAGCACGGAAGAUGGCAAGCUCGCAUUGGAAGGGUUGCUGGGAACAAGGACCUCUACUUGGGAACUUUCAGUACUGAGGAGGAAGCGGCGGAGGCAUAUGAUAUCGCGGCUAUCAAGUUCAGAGGCCUGAAUGCAGUGACCAACUUCGACAUGAGCCGAUAUGAUGUGAAGAGCAUUCUGGAGAGCAACACACUGCCCAUUGGAAAUGGAGCGGCCAAGCGCUUAAAGGAGAGUCAAGCGAUUGAGUGUUCGAGGAAAAGGGAGGAAAUCAGAAGUCGUAGCUCGAGUUUCUACAGCGGAAGCUCAAGCGGCUUUCAGGGGUACCCUCUAAUGCAACCAUUUGAGCAGCCUCAGACGUUACUAGCCUUACAAAACCAGCAGAGUCCUCAGUACGCUCAUGAGUCUCAGUUUCCUCCAAACUACCUCCAGACCCAGCUCCAGCUGCACCAGCAAUCCACCUCACUGUUUAAUGCUGCCGGACAUGAGAGUCAGUUUAACCAGAACUGCCUGGCCAACCAUCCUGCUUUUCUUCAUGGAAUGAUGAACAUGGGACAACCACAGGCAUUGUCUAUCAUGGAGAAUAAUGGAAGCGUUGUUUCUAGUUUCAAUGGCAAUGUGAACGCUGGAGGUGGGUAUCUUGGUAGUGGGAUUAUGAUGUCUCCCAACGCAACUGCGGUGAAUGCAGCCGGCGGGAUUGGUACAGGAGCUGACGCCGGGCUCGUUAAGGUUGAUUAUGACAUGAGUCCGGCGGGUUAUGGCAGCUGGGCGGGGAACUCAGUUCAAGCUUCGAAUGCUGGAGUUUUUCAAAUGUGGGAUGAUAAUUGAGUGGUUUGCAUGGGGGCGGUAUGAAAUUUUGGUUUUAUGCUUCUCAUCGUCAAAAGCUUCUCUCUUAAUUGAUACAAUGAUUCGAUCAAAUUUUGGUAUAUGGCCAAUUGUAGAGGUGGUCAUCCAUGAUCCAUCUGGUGACUGCUUUUUCUUGCUAAAAUUAUUUACAUUGAGAA